GUUUCACUCAAAUCCCCUACCCCUGGAUAUGACAUGCCAAUUCCCUCAUCUCACUCAUUCUCUAUCAUUACGUGUGUUUUUUAUAGAAACAAACUGGAUGGAUGCUCAAGUCCAUCUUCCAUGUCCGCCUUAACACCAAGCCUUUUCAUAAAGAGAACUACGAUGCAGUUAUUGUGCGCCUGUCAAACAUCUACCACAUUGUCGCUGCCAGAGGCCAAAAGCUCAAGGGCGACAGUCAGUUUUCAAACGUGGAUUCUGCCGCGUUCGUACGCGACACUACCAAGUAUUGGGUGCACCCCGACAACAUCACAGAGGUCAAGCUGGUCAUCAUGAGGCACUUACCCGUCUUGGUUUUCAACACCAAGAAAGAGUACGAGGAAAAUGACUCCGCCAUAUCAUCUGUCUAUGUUGACAAUGAGGAUUUUGAGUGUUAUCAAGGACGUCUCGAGAAAACCGACAUGGCACAGGCAAUCCGUAUCCGUUGGUAUGGACCUACUCCCACUGAAAAUGGUCAGUGCUUCUUGGAAAGAAAGGUUCACCGUGAGAAAUGGACGGGAGAACAGAGUGUUAAGGAGCGUUUCCCUAUCAAGACAAAGUAUAUCAAUCCAUACCUAGCAGGCGAAUAUACCAUGGAUGUUAAGUUUGCCAAGCUCCGUGCUCGCGGCCAAAAGUCUGUCAAAGAUGUGGAACUGAUGCAGAAACUUGCCAAUGACGUGCAAACGAGCAUUGUUACUAAAAAAAUGCGCCCCACGAUCCGUGCCUUCUACCGUCGUACUGCCUUCCAGCUCUCCAACGAUGCGCGCGUCCGCAUUUCCCUCGACACAGAACUGGCCCUGAUCCGUGAGGAUGACUUUGGUGGCCGGAGGCGUGCUGGUGACAAUUGGAAACGCGAGGACAUUGGUAUUGAUUGGCCUUUCAAGCAGCUUCCUGCUGAAGAUAUUACUCGCUUCCCCUAUGCUGUCCUGGAGGUCAAGCUUCAGACACACCAUGGUCAAGAGCCACCUGCCUGGAUUGUCGAACUGAUCAACUCACACUUGGUUGAGUCUUGUCCUCGUUUCUCUAAAUACAUUCAUGGUGUUGCCACACUACUGGAAGAUAAGAUUCAGAUCCUUCCUUUUUGGCUACCGCAGAUGGAUCAAGAGAUUCGCAAGCCUCCUAAUACAGAUUUUGGUUUGACCAGUUUCUUGCCAAGAUCUUGGCCCGUAGGCACACCCCAAGCUGGGCCACGCCCAACAUUAGCUCCACGAGCCCUUAUUGAGGGCAGCUCAGAUUCAACUAUUAAGGGUACCAAAUCUCUCUCAGAAUUUGAACCAAAAAUGCCCAAGACUAUGGACAAAGCUACAUAUCAGCAAAAAAUGGCAGAGAAGAACGCUAACCGUCGCCCAGCCAACAGCAGCGAGAAUACCUUUUACAAUCAAUCUACGCCUAUGAGUGCUUCAAAGGCUAGCGUGGCACACUCGCAUCCUCUUGUUGAUAACGGAUCCACUGUUUCUGACCACGCUUCAAUGGCUCCACCAGCUCGUCCUUGGGUCGACCGUCUCAAUAACCGUGACUCUCCGCUCUCGCUUGGUGCGGAGCCCGCCAUGAACGAGAAGAAUCCCAGCAAAGCCAAUGAUGGCAACAAUGAGGAUGGUCUUUUGCGCAAGAAGUCGACCAUUCGCCGCAAGCGUUUUGGCUUUAGGGAAAAGCGAUCCUCCGUCGUACCCAAGCGUACCACUGCACCCGUUAGAAUGGAACCUAAAGUUUUCUUUGCCAAUGAGCGUACUUUCCUAAACUGGCUUCAAUUCUCAGUCUUGCUUGGAUCGAUCGCGCUCACGUUGUUAAACUUUGGCAACCACAUGACUCGCGUCUCUGGAGCCGUGUUGACAGUUAUUACACUAUUGGCCAUGCUGUACGCCCUCGGUAUCUUCCAUAUCCGUCUGUCCAAUAUUUUGUCAUCAAAAGCCAAUCGUCAAUUCCACGAUCGCGUUGGGCCAACUGUUCUUUGCGUGUUCUUGUUCGGAGCAUACUUUCUCAACUUUUACAGUAAGUCACCUUAGCCAUUUUGGCACAAGAGACUUGAAAGUUAUUCUUCUCUUUUGACUAAUCAACUUACUUUCUUUUUUACC